UUUUAUCGUUCCUGUGUUCAUCCGUAGGUUAGAGGUGUUUGUUGCAGAGGUGGUUGUCGACCGUCGUUUUGGAGUGACAAAAUGUUGUUUGAGUAAUUAUCAUUAGUGUAAUCAAUCAAUUAAAGAAGUAGAAAUUGAAAAAGUAUUCAAGCCGUAUAAAUAAUGGCUGACGUCAGAUUGUCAAUGAUUGAGAAUUCCUUACAAGAAGACGAAGAAGAUUCAGAAAUAACUUUCAUUGAACAGUUUGUUCAAGAUGUAGUAGAUUUUAGCUCUCAGUAUGGAAGUGAUAUUAGUAUUUCAUAUACAGCGUAUAAUAUAGCUGGAAAACCAAGUAAAUUCCCUGAUUAUGGAGAUUUCCCACAAGCAUUUGUGAUGCGUACCUACGGGAACUGGUGGAAUGAAGCUCCCUCUAGAAGACAAGAUUUCAUGCUUCAGAACUAUGGGAAAAUAAUUAGCCAUGAUUUUAUUGAUGUGACGUUUGAUGAGCCAGUGUACCCAUUCCGCGUGAGCGUCUAUGAAACGUACAACCCUGGCUCUGUGGUGCGCAUAUGGGCCGCCACCACCUCAGCACCCAUACGGUGGCGGCUGCUGUGGGAGGGCGAAGCCAGGCUGGUUGGCCACAAGCCUCAUAUCUUCUCUCCACCUAUCAAUGCCAUUGACUUUCCCACAAGGAUGCUGAGGUUGGAAUUUGAUCAUUCUCGGCUAGACUAUUACACAGAGAUAGACGCGUUGCUGCUAGUGGGGACCCGCAGGCCAACCCCUAUCCCUUCCCCGGGCGGUGAACUUGACCCCAAGGAUAAGGAGGCAGGCGAUCUCACCCGCAAGAUUAUGGAUCUCAACAUACAUUCCGUGCCACCUCAUGUGGAUUUGGAGAACACACUAAAUCAGUUUUUGGCCGGUGAUUACAGACAGUUGCUACGAGAAUUAGAAGAUACAGCAGCAAUGUUGAUUGGUGCAGUGGAGACCAUUACCAAGGUUAACAGUGGAUCCUUCUCUUGCCUGCCGGUGAGUACACUGUCAACACAUAUUUACUACAAGAGUUAGAGGAUACAGCAGCAAUGUUGACUGGUGCA